AUCUAUCUGCCAUUUUACAAAAUUUUGUGUUGGAAUAACGAUUUGACGUAUGAAACUCUGCCUGCAGUUCAGGGUUACCAAAUUUCAUUUUUGCCACUAUGAUGAUUUAGGCGGUUUUGGAAACAAAUAUGGAAAUUUUUAUUGCUGAUUAUAUCUGAUGUUUAAACUAAACCAGCACUCGUGCGAAAGCUCUAUUUAUGUGAGUUGCUGAAAUUGUUUAAACUUAUAUAUUUUGCAACUUGCAAGUAGCGUACGCUUUUUUGUGCUUUUUGCAGCUUCCAUUUUGAUUUUCAAUAUUUAUUACCGCCAAAGCAAUUCAAUUAUGACUGGUGGGACAUUUUACUCCAGAAUGUGAUCAAUUGUGAAUUAUAACUAUGCCGUCGGAGCUUAAACAACAGCGGAAGAUAUAUUUUAACAUAGAACGAUAACUAAUGUAUAAAAUUGUAUAAAUAUCAAACGAUUGCCUAGUUUUAUGUAACUAUCAUUUGAAUGAAUGAAACUGGUGGGAUAUUGAAAAGAACUCUAUUUUACCCUUGUGCAUUCAAACAUGAAUUUUUUCCAAAGCACUUAAUCUUCACGAACGAUGUUUUUGUGUUGCAAAAUAUGAAUUAUCCGCUUUCGUUUCUAUGGACAAAAAUUACAACUUCUUUUUAUUUUUUAACAGUUUACAACCGAUUACUGAAAUCUAGUAAUUUUAUUUAUUUUUUUUUUUUUACUUUUUAUUUUAUCCAUGCAUAUGGAUUCAUUUAUUAGUACUACUAGUUUAGUGGGCAUCAGUAAUACUUUCUUUUUUUUAAUUUAUUCCUUACAUAAUACGAAAGGAUAUAAAUUUAAAAACUUCUCGCAAAUUUCAACUAUAACACUUAAAUUUGAAUUGAGGCUUUUAUUUAAUCUCCUUUCAUUUAAAGCCGAAUUAUGCCUUCGCUUUAUCCAAACCUCCACAUAGAACAUUUACCAUUUUCAAGGGUUUGCAACCCUAUUGCAGUCGGCUUCACGUUUCCUCUUCCGUUCGUUUUUUCACACGUAAAUUUAGGUUAUUUUGAAAAAUAAAAAAUAAAAUAUACAUAUAUAAAAAUAAUUCUCUGUUAAUUUGCGAAAUUUUUCUUUGAGAAAUGCAAAAUCAAGCUGAAUCGUUUGUGCUUCCAAUAGGGAGCUCAACGGAAAUGUCUUCAUUCGUUACUAGGCAAGACAUCUUGAAUUUUCCCUUUCCGUACAAAUUGUGGUUAGUUGUCCAUUUGGAUUUCUACGAUUUUCUACGUUGGAAUCGGGACGGAACUGUAAUAUUGCUUGAUUUAGUAGCACUUGAGGACUAUUUGAACUCGACGCAUUUCAUAUUCAAAAUAAAGAACCGCUCCAUAUUCUUGGAACAUCUUGAGCAGUUCAAAUUUGAUCGAUUGAACGCCACACCGGAAGCGGAAGAGGACUUACUAUUGCAGUAUAAGAACGAAAACUUCCAACGACAUCGUCUGGACUUAUUGGCGAAAAUUCGUCGUCAUACCUAUCAGCUUUUGGGUGAAAUUGAUAAGGCAGAGAAAAAUGUUAGGACAGAUACAACCGUUCAAUUACAGCGCUUAGCCGAGGAACUGAAGUACCGCCAGGUGGCCGAUAGAAUGUUGGGUGAUCUGUGUUUUAUGUCACACGGCGGUUUAUCAAACAUUCAGAAAAGUGGGCUACGUUUCCAAACAAUUUUGUGUUUCCAAAAUGAAACCUGCAUUUUGGAAGAGAAGUUACAAGCCUCUGACGAAUGCGCAGCUAUUCAAGCUCAACAACGCCGCCUUAAAUCAGAUGGGCUAGGUCGUGCGGGCGUUGCGUCAGCGGAAGAAGAGCAAGUUAUUGAAUUACCUGUCGACUUAUUUGAGAAUCCCCAUGACUCGGUGUUGCAUUUAGGAGAAGAUUUUCGGCCUGAAUAUGCUGGCUAUUAUGGAAAUUGCGGCAAAGAACAGGUCUUACAUUUCUUUGGAGAUUACUUGCCGAUGUACGAAGAUGGCUCAAUGGAAGUAAAAAAAAUCGUAGUUGAAAUAUGUCCUAAUCAACAAAAUAAUUCCUCAAGUGAACUAUUGGGUGGUAUGGCUCAACCUGGGGAGACAGAUUAUGGGUUGGCAACACCACAGACCCCAUCUCUUUCGCAACAAUCUUUAAAUUCUUUGAAUCUGUCCUCCACUUUGGAGCCAAUUUUUAAUAACGACGAUGAAGAUGAUGUAAAUGAUAACCUACCUAAUAGCGAGAAUAAUCCGAAUAUUUGUAGCAUGCGAGAGACUGAAACUGAAAUUUCAAUGGAAGAGUUCAUAAAAUUCAAAUCAAACAUCAAAGAAGACCUCAAAACUAAUUAUACCGAAACAGAAAGGGAUUUUCCGCAGAUGCCAGCAGCUGUAAAACUGGAAAUUGCUGAUGAAUCAGACUCUGCGAAUGAAGCUAAUUUCCGAAACUUUUUUAGUCAAUACCGGGCAUCCUUGAAUUUAUUAUAUGAACGACAUUAAUGGGAAAAGAAAGUUCUGAAUAACAAUUGAAAACACAAAUCAUAUUCAUUAGUUAUCUAGUUUUCAUCUGCAUACAUACAUAUAUUAUAAUAUUCUUUCUUGAACUGUUGCUAUUUUUUCUUGAAAUAAACUUGCUUUAGACAAUAACAAAUAUAGUAAACGUCGAACAAAAACUCAAUGUACUGUAUAAUAACAUCGCAAGAUAUAUCUAUUGUAAAAAACGUUAUGACCACAUCUCCCCAUGGGCUCUCAAGGUAUCCUCAAUAUCACUUACUGAUUUGUUGAAGCUUAAGUGCCUAACAAUGCUUCAUAAAAUCUUGGUAAUAGGUGCACAUACGCAUCUGAAAAAUCGACUUCAAUUUACACAGUCAUCGCGAUCACUUCAACUCCUGCAUCUUAAGUUCAACUCCAUAAUAUCCGAGCGUCAGUUUUUCGUUUAUACUGUCCGUCUUUGGAACAAACUACCACUUAAACUCAGAAGCAUUAAGGCCACAUUGCAUUUCAAGAAAGCAUUAUUUACAUUCUAUGCCGAAAGGGAACGAUAAAUUGUAAUCAUUUAGCCCUCUGUCAGCCGAUUCUUUUUCUCUCUUUUA